AUGCACAGAGAACACUCCAAUCCACCCUCCCCGACCGUGCUACCCUCCAAGGCCAACGGCGGGAACAUGAGUUUCGGCCAAGAGAAUUCCGUCGCGAUGCCCGUGACGGCACCCGCGACGCAGUCUUCGCAAUGCUCCAGCCAGGAAUCCCAGCUCUUCCAAUUUUCCCAGAUCGCCGCCAUGCAGGAGAAGCUCGACGACAGUGACACCGUCCCCACGAGGAAACGAAUGGCCGACGGCAAGAUGAAGUCGCAGGAUUUCUCUGCGAUGUCGCCCAUGAGGACAGGACACUCGAGGAAUACGAGUACUGUUAGCAUGGCGUCUACGACGGGCAGUCGCAUUAAUGAGUUGACUGCCGAACUCAAGACGCGUCUGUCCUACGCGAUGGUCAAGGUGAACCACGGGUGGCAGGGCCACUCUAUAGACGAGGUGGAAUCCCUUGCCUCCCACGCCGCCUCGCCCACCUCGAGCUCUUCCACCCUCCCGAGACGUCGAGGAUCCUCUGCGAGUCCCGCCCUCUCGCAGGGCGCCGUCGGAUCCGCCAACAAUGUUACGCCCCCCGCUAGCCAAACCCAUUCUCCAUACGAGCCCUCGUGGCCCGACACAUCGCGCCGGCCCUAUGCCAGCCCCAGAGCUACUACCAACAAUAUUGAUACCGCGAAACCCCGAAGCGGCCUUGCCCCGCCGGCUCCGAUCCAACCCGGACAAGCUGUUAGCAGCCACUACGGAACUUCGAAGCAGACUUACACACCCACCCUUCUGUCUCAAUCACAUACCGCAUCCCCGCGAACUCCAAUUUACGGUUCGCCUUACAUCUCCCACAGCCAGCCUACGCCCCGCGUCUCUCGACCUGUCGACCCAAUUCUUUACUCGCCGCAUCAAAAUAUCCGCGACCAGGAUGCCAUCGAGGCCCUGAUUUCCAUGAGCAGCCCCGGCAACUCGAGCCGGCUGAAACAUGCCUUCUCCCCUGCGACGUCGCCGAACCAUACCGUCACGCGGACACCUGGUGGCCGCCACGCCCUCCCCACAAGCCAACCUCGAAAGAGUCUCCCGACGAGCCGGCCUUUGCACAACAAUAAGCGUGUAGGAUUUGAGAAAUCAGCCUCUAUGGUUGCCUUGGGAUCUCCCGACGACAUGGAUGUCGACAUCGACUCGCCUCCUAUCCAUGGAUCUCCGCACACCGGCGUGGUACGGGGUACGCCGAGACGGAGGACGAACGGGCACGGCGCUGUCCCUUCGCUAAGAUCGUCGCUUAGUCUGCCGGCAGCUUUGGGCGCGGGUUUGGCGAAAGAGAGGCCGAGACUACGCGAUGACGAGAUUGAGAAGAUGUUGGAGCGGGCGGCACAGGACGAUAGCGAGGAUGACGAGGAGAUACUGCUACCGACGAACUCGAGACGGUCGCAUUCUGGCGUGGUUGGAUCUUAG